AUGCGAUGCAUUAUAAUGUAUCAGAAUCAUGCAGCUACAGUGCAUUUACAAGCUCCAUUGAUACAUUGGCACGAGCGUGUCAGUGUAGAGCGUGGAUCAAAGUUUAGAUGCAAAAGGAAGGCUCGCUUUUGUUCCAUGACAGAAGAAGAGCGGCCGGAAUCGCAGGGCAGGUGUGGACCUGCUGCAGUGCAUCGAGUUCGAAAGCUCGUGUCAGGGGGAAUGGAUGCAAAGCUUCAUCAAAGACGUUCCUUGCUUGCCCAAGCCAAGACUGAAGGAGAUCCAGAGUUCCAGGUGACUGGUGAAGAUGCUUUCCGUAGUGAAAGGGAAAUGCUUUUGGCCGCAGUAGCUGGCUUGCGAGAAGCUGCAGAGGCCGCCAUGCGCCGUGCUGAGGCUGCAGAGGCUGCUUGCUUCGCGCCAGUGAAGCAGGUGAUCGAGGCCCACUUGAAGGAGUACAAGGAACACAUGGCCUCCGAGUUUCGACAUGCGCUCCAACGGGAGGUCUCGGAGGCGACCGCGGAGCUGCGCGCCACGGCUCGGGAGCUCCGGCUGCUGUGUUGCUCACCACUUGUGAGCACAGAGCGCAGGGAAGCAGCGGAUGUGCCCGAAAGAGGCAGUUCUGCAAGACCCGAGCCGAAGGCAGGCGAUGUGGCGCAGCUGAGCCGAUCCGAUUCCUUGCAUCAAACCUUGCCCAGCCUGCGGUUGGCCAACGAGAUUCACGAGGCGAAAGCUUCGUCAGGACGCUUGCAUGGUUCAGCUUCACCCGGCUUGGCGCUUGCAAGUGGACGUGAACCGAAGACACGGACAAGAGCUCAAAGCCUGCAAGAGGAUGCGUCCGUCAGCCAUGAAACGGGAUCAUUCGACGAGGAGGAAGUGGAAGUCAGGAGGCGGCGGAGUGUUCGUGACGUGGUCUCACACUUUGAGAAGACGCAGAUCGCCAAUAGGGGCUCGCCAGUGGGCUUAGCAAGUUCGAGCAGUUUGGACCGGCUCGUUCCUGCAUCGCUCCUAGAGGAAGACAAGUCUAUCUCAUACGAGCGAGGCCAUGCUGCUGCAGACGCUUCACACGAAGCAGGCAGAUGCACAUUGCCUGGCUUAACUGAACGAGCGUCCCGAGAGGAGUUGGAUGCCAAUCAUCCAAGCUUCGUCCGUCGGAGAUCCAUUUGA